GCCGCUGCUCGCAAGGUGAAUCGCCGCGGCGGCAGUCGGGGCAGCGGGCUCGGCUCGGGCACUGCCGCCGGCGUCCGGAGCGGCUGCUCCAAGGGCUGCGAAGAGUCUCCCGGCCGGCCCCGGCUUCCCUUCACCCGGAGUGCUUGGAUGCUGUAUGGAGUAAAUGAGCGGAGGCAGAGCGAGCGCACAGAGGCUGAGAGGCGCUCGGAGACCGGGACCGGGGGAGACAGGCGGGCGGCUGGCUUCCCCCUCCGGGGCUGAAGAUGGAUUCCCGAGCCCUCGGGGGCUUCACUCUGCUGCUCUUCACUUUGUGGCAUCUGGGAUUAACUGCAACAAAUUAUAAUUGUGAUGAUGCAUUGGUAUCUCCCUUACCUUCAGCUGCCCUUACCAGUUCCUCUGAGCUCUUCAGUACUCACAGUCCCAGCUUUGCAAAACUCAACAGACGAGAUGGAGCUGGUGGCUGGUCCCCGCUGGAGUCCAACGAGCAGCAGUGGCUGCAGGUGGAUCUGGGAGACAGAGUGGAGAUCGUGGCGGUGGCCACGCAGGGCAGGUACGGCAGCUCGGACUGGGUGACCGGCUACGCGCUCAUGUUCAGCGACACCGGCCGCAACUGGAGGCAGUACAGACAGGACGACGCCGUCUGGGUUUUCACAGGGAACAGCAAUGCUGACAGUGUGGUUCACCACAAACUGCUGCACUCGGUGAAAGCUCGAUUCUUGCGCUUCAUCCCCCUGAGGUGGAACGUUGGUGGGCGGAUAGGACUGAGAGUUGAGGUCUUUGGCUGCUCUUACAAGUCAGAUAUUGCAGACUUUGAUGGCAGAAGUUCACUUCUCUACAGGUUCAAUCAGAAGCUUAUGAGCACAUUCAAAGAUGUAGUGUCCUUGAAGUUCAAGAGCAUGCAGGGGGAUGGAGUCUUAUUCCAUGGAGAAGGACAGCGUGGAGACUACAUAACCUUGGAACUGCAGAAGGGGAAGCUCUCCUUGCACCUCAACCUGGGGGACUCCAACCUGCACUUCAGUAACAGCCACACCUCUGUUACCUUGGGCAGCCUCCUGGAUGACCAGCACUGGCACUCAGUUCUCAUAGAACGCUUCAACAAGCAAGUGAACUUCACAGUGGACAAGCACACCCAGCACUUCCGAACAAAGGGGGAUUCAGAUCACUUGGAUAUUGAUUAUGAGCUCAGUUUCGGAGGGAUUCCUGUCCCAGGAAAACCAGGAACCUUUCAGAGGAAAAAUUUCCACGGGUGCAUUGAGAACCUCUAUUACAAUGGAGUCAAUAUAAUUGACCUGGCCAAAAGACGCAAACCUCAGAUCUAUACUGUGGGGAAUGUGACCUUUUCUUGCUCAGAACCACAAAUUGUUCCUAUCACCUUUGUGAGUGCCAGUCGAAGCUACUUGCUGCUGCCCGGCACUGCUCAAAUUGACGGUUUGUCAGUCAGCUUCCAGUUCCGAACGUGGAAUAAAGAUGGCUUGCUUCUGUUCACCGAGCUGUCUGAAAGCUCAGGACAUCUCUUGGUCUACCUCCAUGGUGGGAGAUUGAUGCUACUUAUUCAAAAGGAGACUGAAAACCCAGUAGAAAUCUCUGAAGGAACUAAUCUCCACGACGGGCUUUGGCAUUCUGUUAACAUCAAUGCCAGAAGGCAUCGCAUUACCCUGACGCUGGAUAGCGACGCUGCCACCGCCAGCCAUGCAACCACUGUCUCACGGAUCUACUCGGGGAACAGCUACUAUUUUGGAGGGUGCCCUGACAAUUUCACCGAUUCCCAGUGUUUAAAUCCCAUUACUGCUUUUCAAGGCUGUAUGAGGCUCAUCUUUAUUGAUAACCAGCCCAAGGACCUCAUUUUAGUUCAGCAAGGCUCCCUGGGGAAUUUCAGUGAUUUACACAUUGAUCUGUGUGGCAUCAAAGACAGAUGUUUACCCAACUACUGUGAACAUGGAGGAAAAUGCUCCCAGUCCUGGAGCACCUUUUACUGUGACUGUAACUAUACAGGCUACAUGGGAGCCACCUGUCACAACUCUGUCUAUGAACAAUCCUGCGAGGCUUACCGGCACCAAGGGAGGACAUCCGGUUUCUUCUACAUCGAUUCUGAUGGAAGUGGACCAUUGGGACCACUCCGUGUUUUUUGCAAUAUAACAGAAGAUAAGAUCUGGACUGAAGUGCAGCACAACAGCACGGGGCUGACCAGAGUGCAAGGAGCUGGUCCAGAGAAGCCCUACACCAUGUCCUUCAACUACAGCAGCAGUGCAGAGCAGCUGGAGGCUGUGAUCAGCAGUGCUGAGAACUGUGAGCAGGAGGUCGCCUACCACUGCAGGAAGUCACGGCUCCUCAACACCCCCAAUGGAAUGCCAUUUGCUUGGUGGGUUGGCCGUGCCAAUGAAAAGCACCUUUACUGGGGAGGAUCUCUUCCGGGCAUUCAGCAGUGUGCCUGUGGAUUGGAAGAAAGUUGUCUGGAUAUGAGAUAUUUUUGCAACUGUGACGCAGAUAGAGAAGAAUGGACGAAUGAUACUGGCCUCCUUGUUUUCAAAGACCAUUUGCCUGUAACUCAGAUUGUGAUCACUGACACAAACAGAUCAAAUUCUGAGGCUGCUUGGAAAAUCGGCCCUUUGCGUUGCUAUGGAGACAGGCAGUUCUGGAAUGCUGCUUCCUUCAACACCGAGGCCUCCUACCUGCACUUCCCCACGCUCCACGCCGAGGUCAGCGCGGACAUCUCCUUCUUCUUCAAAACCACCGCCCUAUCCGGGGUGUUCUUGGAAAACCUUGGCAUUAAAGACUUCAUACGAAUCGAAAUAAGCUCCCCCAAGGAGAUCACCUUCUCCAUAGAUGUCGGGAAUGGCCCCACAGAAGCCACUGUGCAGUCUCCCACAGCCCUCAAUGACAACCAGUGGCACUACGUGCGGGCAGAGAGGAACCUCAAGCAAACCUCUCUGCAGGUGGACAACCUUCCCAAGAAGGUCCUGGAGGCCCCUGCUGAGGGACACUUCCGCCUGCAGCUCAACAGCCAGUUAUUUGUAGGGGGAACAGCUUCCAGACAGAAGGGCUUUUUGGGAUGUAUUAGAUCCCUGCAUUUAAAUGGACAGAAACUUGACCUCGAGGAGAGAGCUAAAAUGACACCUGGUGUAAGACCUGGAUGCCCAGGACAUUGCAGCAGUUAUGGGAACCUCUGCCAUAAUGGAGGAAGAUGUGUGGAAAAGUAUAAUGGUUACUUCUGUGACUGUACCAACUCGGCCUAUGAAGGACCUUUCUGCAAGGAGGAGGUUUCUGCAUUAUUUGAAGCUGGCACUUCUGUUACCUAUACUUUCCAAGAACCUUACCCUGUCACAAAGAAUGCAAGCACCGCAAGCUCUGCCAUUUAUGUGGAUGCUGUUGUGUCCAAGGAGAAUAUUGCAUUCAGCUUUCUCACAGCACACACUCCAAGCCUUCUGCUGUACAUCAACACCUACUUCCAUGAAUAUUUGGCUGUGAUUCUCUCCAAGAAUGGAAGUUUACAGGUCCGAUACAAGCUGAGUAAGGAUGGGCUCCUCAUUUUCACCAUUGACUCUGGAAAUUUUGCCAACCGAGAGCUGCACCGUGUGAAGAUUACUAGGGAAGGCAGAGAGCUCGUCAUUCAGGUUGAUCAAGUUCUCAAACUCAAACACAACUUUUCUGAGAUUGAUUUCAAGGCCGUUAAAUCACUCACCUUGGGCAAGGUCACAGAUAGUUUGUCCCUGGACCCUGAAGUCUCCAAGGCAAAUGCCUAUGGCUUCACUGGCUGCCUGUCCUCUGUUCAGUACAACCACAUCUCUCCCCUGAAGGCUGCCUUGCGCCAUCCCAGCGUUGCUCCCGUGACUGUCCAAGGUUCCCUGACAGAAUCCAGCUGUGCAUCCAUGAUGGAAGCUGAUGUGAACACAGCAACCACAAUAUAUUCCUCAUCAGAUCCUUUUGGGAAGACAGAUGAAAGAGAACCUCUCACCAAUGCAGUCAGAAGUGAUUCAGCUGUGAUUGGAGGUGUAAUAGCAGUUGUGAUAUUCAUCAUCUUUUGCAUCAUUGCCAUCAUGAGCAGAUUCCUCUAUCAACACAAACAAGCACAUCGAAAUAGCCAGAAAAAGGAGAAGGAAUACCCAGAAAACCUUGAGAGCUCCUUUAAAGCUGACAUUGACUUGCAAAACACAGUGAGCGAGUGCAAACGGGAAUAUUUUAUCUGAUGGACAAUGCAAUUUCUUCUUACUCUUCCUCCCCUAACCUCCCUUUCUUUAUUCCUUAUUCCCUUCCUUUUUUCUUUUUGAUUUUUUUUUCUUUUUUAACACUCAUUUUUUGCUAGCUUCUUUUUCAUUUGGAAAAGACCGCCCUGCACAGGAAACACUGAGAACAAUCACAGUGCCUCAUUCUCUGCACAAGAGCCUGGCAAUCAUAGUUUACUUCUGCAGCUCAAGAGACCUGUUACCCCAUCCUACACAAAAUAAGAUCCACGUGCACACCUGGUUUCUGCUGUCAGUUCUUGGAUGUUUCAAAGCACCUACAUUUAUUUGUUGUUAAUUUUUCUCUGGAGCCAUUUAAGUCAUUGCUUUUUCACUAGAGCUGAACUAUGUAAAGUACAGGUAAAGUAGUUGAACACAUAGCUCUGCAGAUACUGGGACAGGAUAGAGGGAAAGAAUGAGAUCAAAACAGCUGAUUUAUUUCAUGGGCUCAUUUACAACAAUCAUAAAGAACCAGCCAAAUUCUCAAAUGUUAUUAAUUGAUAUAUUGUCUAUUGAUUUAAAUGGUGUUAAAUUAAUUUGUACCAGUUGAAAAGCUGGUGUGACAUAAAGGAAAAUAAAACUGUCCUCAUUAAGCUCCUUCCCCCAACCUCCUGUCCUUUUACUGUAACUUUUAGGCUUCUCAGUACUUUUCCAACAAUAUAUGUAUCAACAAUAAAUAUCAUUCCCAUGCACCUCUUUCACCUCCAUCUCAUAAGGCUGGCUACAUAGACCCAGCAUACACUAGUAUAACCCUAGCUGAAGCAUGGAAAAUAGUAGCUUGAAUCUCCAAGGGGUUUAGGAAGCUGCUAGGACUUAGGUGCUCUAUAUUUGUCUGAAAUUUUAGAAAUGCAGCAUAUGCCUGUUCAUGCCACAUGGAGGAUUAUCACACACUGAGGUUAAACGCUGUUGCCCCUGUGGAAAAGAAAAAGAACAUAGAUGAGAAAAAAAACCAAAAUAGUUUAAUGUUAAACAUGACUCACACCCUCUGCCAGCUCUUCUAAAAAAAGAAAAAAGAAAAAAAAAUCCCACUACUUUAAAAAACCUCCCAAAACGGCAUGAAAGUUUGAUUGGUAUUUCCUGUUUGUAGAAAUUGGAAUAACUUCUCCAAAACUAAAUAGAGAGGUCUGAGGUCAUGCCUAAAAAGAUGAAUAUUCGAUAAACCUUCUUUACAAGGAAGAACACCAGGGAAACAAAAUGAUCCCAAAUACUCUACUUCAAAUUAAUCUUCAUGCUUUUUUUUUUAAGUUUUUUGUCCUUUCCUGAUUGGGAGCACUACUGAAGAAUCAAGUUCUGCCCAUUUUACUUGUGCUGUGUGGUUACAGUGUGAGGAUGAAAAACCUCCUUUUCAAUCACAGACAUCCUAAGGGUAAGAAGUGAAGGAGUCCCAGCCAGUGAGGUUUUGAACUCUCUGUUGUGUCCGUGUGACAUCUGCCUUUGCAGGGCUUCUAAAGAGGAUGUAGAAUUUGCUGGUGGUAGAAUUAAGCCUGAAGUUAAGGGGAAGAAAAAUCUUAUUCAUUGCAAUACUCUUGAUUUAAUUCAAGCUGCAAUUGAUUCUGCAGCUAAAUCUCCUUCUUUGCCCUACACCCUGUGCAGUCAUCCUGGGGUUUCCACACGGUGGUCCUUUUUACAUAGAUUUAAAAUUAAGGAACCUCAGUAUGAGGUAGCAGCCCACAGCAAACUAGAGAUGAGCUUACACUUGCAACAGGUGCUGUUUUUCUAGGCAAUCCAUUGGAAAGGUACGUAGGUGUUUAUUGAAGGUUUUUGUUUGUUUUUUUUUUAUGAGAGGAGAGAGCAGACAUUUAUUUAUUUAUAAAGAAAUGAAUGACUGUUUGUAUAUGGUGAUUUUUUACCACUUCUUUUGGAGCAUUCAGGGAAGAGAAAGCAGUCUUCGAGUAAAACCAUUCUUAUGAGAAGAGGAAUUUGAGGCCAGCCCUAUAACCAAAACUCUUCCCUGAGCAAUUUUAUUAAGCUGUCUCUAUUGACACUAGUUUGGUGCCAUUCUUCCUCAGCCAUGGUCAACUGCAGCCAUUUUGGCACACACUGCCUGACACAAUUAUUUGACAGUGUUUCUGUGUGAUGGGUAUUGGAAUGAUGGAUUGAGUAGCUGGGUUCUCUUUAUGUUGCUUUGUCUUUGGUGGUAAAAUCCUGGCACAGCAAUUUUUUCUCUUUCCUUCCUGGAGAUCAAGCUGCUUUGUUUGGCAUGGCAGAAGGGAGGAAUAGGAGAGUUCAUGGGCACCUCUGCAUGUGUUUGAGUCAUCUUUUCUGAAAUGGCCUCUGUAUGAGACAUCUCUGAUGUGCUAAUGUGCUUAAUUGGCUACAUGAAGAAUGGAAUAGGAAAGUAAAAUUCUGAAAAUGUAGCUAGGCUGGGGUGCAUCUGUAAAAGAAAGAACUUCAUGUGAAUGUAUGGAUUAGUAUACAAAGACAUUCAUUUAUACCUGUGGAUGUACUGAGACAAGAAGAUUUUUAUGCUACAAGGCUGAGCAAAUGAACAUAUGUAUGGACUUCUAAAUUAGGAUGUCAAAUUAUUCUUAUUAAAGAUAGCUAAAAUAUACUAAAUUAAGUACUCUAAAUAUAUACUCCUUUUUGGUUUUUGUUUUGUUCUAAUGCUUUCUUUAGUGAGGGCAUAAUUGAAUUUCCUUCAAUAUCAGUUCAAAGCAAUUAAUUUUUUUUAUAAAAGAAAUACAGUUUUUAAAAAAUCUGCUAGAGCUAAAAUUCAUUUUCCUUAGUUCAAAUUAGAACUUUUUUCCCAUCAAUUUAAAGCCAUUUCUGCUAUUUUUGUUAAUGUUUCUUUUUAAAUGGGGUUUAUUCCCUUUUCCUUUUAUCUGUCAUUCUAGAUAGUAUUUUUAAGUAAAGCCAGGGGAUAAUACUUUUUAUACAUAAAUUUUCAGAUUUCAUUUCAGUGGAAAACCUGAGACUGUCAAAGAGUUGUUUGGGGGCAGUUUGGGUUUUCUUCCUUCCCCAAGACAAGUCAUAAUUAAAGUAAGAGACUGGUCAAAGGAUACUGUCUGGUUUUUUUCCUUUUGGUGAUAUGAUAUGUAACCUGUGAAAAUUACUAUUAUUAGGCAAGCUGUGAAAUUAUGAAGUAUUUUAGAUAUGGAUUUCAGCACUGCAAAUUCCUGUUUUCCAGAAAAGGCCUGACCAAUUAUAGGCCAUUCUUAUAAAGAUAUUUAGUCACGCAGAAGGACUCUCCGUGAAUGCCAGUGCCUGGCAAUAGAAAACAAAGGAAGGCUGGAUGUCAGAAAGCUAACUCCAACUAGCUUGGCUGCCACCUGGCUGAAGGAUAGGCUUUACAAGGAAUUUAGUCUCUUGAGGAUGUGGAUCAAUGCUUAAGUGACUAAACAAAAUGAGCGUUUAACUCAAAUUAAUUUCUGUGUCUGCCUUGCUGUGGAAUGUUCUAAUAUACUACAAGACAUUUAAAUACCUUUGAAAAUUGAGUCCCAUUUCUCUUUUGGAAGUAAAACUUUGGUCCUAAGUGAGUUACCUAUGUAAUUGGCAGUUAGUAUUUCAUCUGUCCAUAUUCACUUACUGGAGACAAGACAGUGUGAGUGUUUUGGGUCAAUUUUUAAAAUGUACACUGUUUUUAUUUCUUCUUGUUCUUGCCAUGGCUCCACACUUAGAUUAUGUCUGCAGUGAAAAGCCAAAUAAAAGACAUACUUUUAACUCCUAUGGGCUAAGCCAGAAUUCCCACCUGGGACUGUAAAAAUGACACAUACAGAGCUGUGUGGUUAUCAGAGUGUGUUCAGUCGUGAGAUGCCCCUGAUUUUUAAGUUAAAACUACAACCAGAUUACAAAAAUAAGAUGCUUUCUCUGGGCUUUAUUUUAACCUGAUCUAGCUAGACUUUACUCAUCCUGUUUAUCAAUUGCUCAAUUUUUACAGUGUAAUCCAAACCCUUAUUUUAAUGAGAUCUUUGUCUAUAUUAGCAUUUAGCUGAUCACAUAUUUCACAUGUUGGAUGAGGAGCAAUCAAUAUAUCAUAUUGUUUCACUAUGGUGAGGGGUUAUGAAUCUUUUCCUAAUGAAGUCAGUAUUGAUUUUGCUGACAAUAAGAUUGAGUCCAAGACCUGUGAAGCACUUGGAUAUUGCUUUUAUCUUUUGGGUUUGUUUCAUUCUGCAUUUGGUUUUACGAACUGCCUGUUCCACAACUGUCAUCCAGUCUUGUCCAGCCCUGUGGUUGGUGAGGACAGGGUAAAUGUCUCAAAUAUCCUGUAAGAUUAAAUGAAUCACUAGAGAUGCCUUUUUCUCUCCAUUCAUAAUAGAGACAGGGUAGUCUUCUGGCAAUAGAGAGGUUACUUCUAGCAGAAUUUGCCUAGGAAUCCAAAUUUUACAAUAGUUUUAAAGAUCCAAUAGACACAUCUCCACAGGUAUUACAAGUGACUUUUUUUUUACUGAGGUGACAGCUGGGGUCAAGGAAGGACACCUUGCAUCUAAAUUACUCUAAAAACUCCUCUAAACUCCUCUCUGCCUAGUAAAUGUAUACAUCUCCUUGUAGGCAAAUACACGAAAAUUGAGUUUCAAAAUACCGCUUUGAGCUGGUGGCAAUCUGGUCAGUAAUCUGUGGGGAAGUGGAGAAUUCUCCUUUCAGUCUGUUCUAGAUCAAACAUCCAUUUUUUGCCUCACAUGGGAGCUUUGGCAGAUAGCAUACAUGAAGCCAGAUCCGCACAUAUCUAAAGCUAACUCAGCCCUCUCAGAUGCCUUUCUACAUGUCUGGUGCCAUUUGAGAUGAUACCUGGGUAUCUCUGCAGCUCCAGGAAGGAUGCAAGUCUCCUGUCUAUCAUAUCCUGGCAUCUGUUAACCCCAAGCAGCUAUGUUUGAUACUUGCUGGCUUUUCCAAUUAUAAUAAGUUCCCAUCCAGGAACUCUAAGUUCUGAGAUUAAUCCCUGAAAAAAUAAACCCCAUCUUCAGAAUAGAAUCAACCUUCCUUCUGUAAGGAAGCCAGUCAGUUGACAUGCAUGCUCCACUUCAAAUUAAUAAGAGUGUAGAGGAGGCAGAACUUGACCUCUUUGUGACCCAUCUCAUGCCAUUGUUGUCACUCUCACCUACACAAUGUUUACCCUAAACAAGACUAGUUUUAAAUAUUCUACUGCACUGCUGUUUUUUCCACAGACACGGAGGAGGUUUUUUUCCAUUUUAUUUUCCAGAAAGCUACCCUUCAUAAAAGACUUAAGCAAAGUCUGAGACCUUGUGAGAGCUAUUUCAAAGCUUUCAUGCAGUUUUUUAAUGCCUACUUGCCAAACAAGCCAAGUGAUAUAGUUCCACCCCUGCCAAACCAAGGGCCUUAUCCAGCAUCUUUAGAGGUUGGUGGGAGGCCUCUUGCUUGACUACGGUUAGAGUUGCACCAUGCCCUUGAAGUUUUUGGGGGUUUUCUUCACAGGUUGCCAUCACAGCUUCAAAGCAUGAUUUGUUCCCUUGGGUUCUGCAGUUUGCUGCACUUUCAUUCCCAGUGGAAAGUUCUUCAUGUCCUCUUUCAGUGUGGGCGGCCCUCUCCUCGCUGCUACUUUUGUACAUGAAACUUCUAAACACAUUCUUCUUUUGGGUCUGAAGUAGCUUUUUUCUUUGACUGUUAAUUUCAAGACAUGCAUAUAGAGAGUUUGAAUAUUUCAGUGUAUUGGUGCUUAUUUUUGUGAUCUUUUGCACUAAGUUACUAUGACAAGAACAAAAAUUGGAAAAAAAAGCACA